AGUGGCGGCUGCUGAACACCGGCGUCAUCCAGAAGGACCAGAAGAAUGCAUCGGAAGUUGUUUAUGGCGCGAAAUCAGUAGUCAGACAGCACAUCCGCGGGCAACGGGACGAUGAUUCGGACUUUGACUUGGACGAUUGACCAGCCGCUAAUAUACCCUUCACUGGUCUGAACAUCAAUUACCAUGGCAUUUAUGGCUUAUAAUACCAUCAUGCAAGAUAAGUCUAACCGGAGACGAGUAUGACGCCCUGUAUACAGUACGUUUGACACUAACCACAAAUGCGACGCUUUUCGAAUCAUGCCGAAUCUGUAUCGGCUCUCCACAUAUCCUCCACCUCAGCCGCCACGACCUCGGUCUCCCGCAGCGGCCCGCCGACCUGCUUGGCGACCGAGACGUACUUCUUGUGCUCUUGGUCUGUGGCGUCGUCAAGGAAAAUGAACCGCCGUAGGCUACGGCAGAACGUGAAGAAUAUAGAGGCGAUGAAGGGGGUGACCACCGUGGAACCUGCCGGGUGGCUGGAGGGCGCCCAUACCAGCGUCUUCAGAGCCGGGAAGCAUGUCGAGAUGGACAUUGCCAGGGUGGGGAUAGAGGACUGCGACGAUGAUAUUCAGCCGUGCACAAGCACAAGAGAGGCCGGAGAUACUCACGGCGUCGUAGCGCCCAUCCCGCAUCUCGAGGAAUUCGAGGUUUUGCCAGUGCCGCUUGGUAGCGACCCGGCUGAUGACGUUGGCCAUGUUCAUCGCGACCAUGCUGUCCGACAUGGGCGAGGUGCGGAGCACGCUCCGUCGCAGGCUGAGCCGCCGGACCGUCGAGCUGAACGUCGACAGUGCCAUGAGCGCCUCGACUUCGACCUGGGAGUUGAGCCGGUUGAGAUCGAUGCGCAGGUUGACGAGGGGCCGCGUGGGCGGGGCAGCGGAGAGGAGCGAGAGGAGGAACGGCGCGGGGCAGUCAAGCGUGCGCACGUUUGGCGCGAUCUUGUUUGGGAAGGGGAUGUUCCCAUACGUCUUGCCUGCGCUUAUGGGCUGCACGGCUUGCGCCGGCGGCGAGGUCGUGCUGAGCUCGACGAUCUGCGGUUGACGCUCGAGAAAGUCGAGCACAUCUUUGGAGGUGAGGGAGAGGUUGGUGGUGAAACGGGUGAGGGAGAAGGUGGUGUUUCGCAGGACCCAGCCGUCCGUCUCGCGCGAGGGGAGGCCGAGGAGCGUGAGGUCGGUGAGAUUUGUGAGCUGUGCGAGGGCCUCUGCGAGGAGCUCCAGGCCUGCCUGCGUUGGCCGCACGUCCUCGAAGUCGAUGGUGAGCUCGCGCACAUGCCGCGCUAUUUGAUGAAUGCCCGGCGUAGUGAUGGUCCUGCAGAAGGCGAGGACAGCGACACCACGAGCGGAGAUUUUGCCGGAGUGCAAGAAGCGAGGCUGGGUGCUUCCCCCGGGCGAGAUGCCACCGGAGGUAGAUGGUGCUAAUGAGAAUGGGUAGGAGUUGUCGCCAACAUUGAUGUUCGUGAAAGGGGACAUUAUGGGAGACAGGCAAAGAGCAGUCAUUACGAAUAAGGAACGGGUAGGGCGUGAUGGUUGUUGGAUUGAUGGAGAAUUUGGAUUGGGUGUGGGAUGAGAGAUGUUACUUAUAUCAGAUGAGCAUGGCGUCGGAUGCGGAGG